AUGUCUUCGAACGGCAAACAACAGGGAAACAAGGCAGGCGAUGCAGCUGGGGGAGCGUCAGGAGCCACGGCUCCCGGUGCAGGCGGAAGUAGUGGCAAUGGAAAUAGUAGUGCGGCCGGAAAUGCUAGCGCUAAUGCCAAUGCUGGCGGUAGCGGUGCCAGUGGGAAUGCACCGGCAGCUUCUAAACCGGGGUUUUCAGCGUCAGAUUUGAACCGCAUCGUUUUGGAAUAUUUGAAUAAGAAGGGGUAUCACAGAACGGAACAGAUGCUUCGUGCUGAAUCGUCACGUACUUUGACGCCUCCAAAUAAAAACGCUGCUGCUUCUAACACAAUCCCUGCCUCGUCUGCAUCAGCCACUGCGAUUACAGGAAGUACUACCACUGCAAAACCUGUUUCAAAUCCUUCGAUGCCCUUGAAAAGAGAUAACAACGGCCAAUUGAUAAAACCGCAACAGGUGACACCCUUGCACUAUUUUAGAGCUUACUCAAUGUUGAAAAAUUGGAUCGAUUCGUCUUUAGAAUUGUACAAACCUGAGCUAUCACGUAUCAUAUACCCGAUUUUCAUUUACGUUUUUUUACAGUUGGUCAUCAAGGACCCCUUACAAGCGAGAAGAUUCUUUGACAAGUAUUCUGUCGAUUACAAAGCCCUUCAUGGAUCAGAAAUUAACCGAUUAUUCAGUGUCAACUCAGUAGAUCACAUCAAGGAAAAUGAGUUGGCUCAAGGUUUCCAAACCAAUAAAUAUAAGAUCACAAUCUCAAGAACUACUUUGAACCUUUUGUUGUAUUUCUUGAACGAAAACGAAAGUGUGGGAGGAUCUUUGUUGAUUUCCAUCAUAAACCAAAACUUGGAUCCAAAUAUCGUAGAUGUUGUCAAAUCUGAGGAUAUUCUCACCGACGGGAUCAAAGAUAUCUCAACCGGUGAUAUUGAUGUUGAUACGUAUAACUCGGUACCUGUGAAGUUAGGACCGUAUCCAAAGGACGAAGAGUUCACCAAGGAAGUAGAGAUUGAGUUGCAGAAAAAAGAUGAACAAGAGGCAGCUGAGAAUAAGGAUAAACCUGUCGGUAAGACAUUAGUUGAGGAAUAUAGAGAAAUGAACGGUAAUCAGAACAAACCAGAGGGCACUGAAAAAGCUGAUGAUAACACCGUUAAGGAAGAAAAUGAAAAUAAGGAACCUGAAGCUGAAGAGGGUGGAGAAGAAGUCGAUGCAACAGCAGAUACAGAAGAGAAAGGCACUCCUACACUUAGUGUCGAAUCAUCGGCUGCUGAAAGAAAGAAAAGAGACUCAAAGAAUAAAGACGAGGAAGAAAAACCAGAGGCUUCAAUUGGAUCUAUGAUGGAAUCACCAGCAAAGGAUUCGUUGCCGCUACCGGUAAAAACAACUUUAGAUCUAAAGAUGGAAAUUCAAAAAGUAAGGGAGAGUAGAGAUUCCAUCCAAUUGAAAAACCUACAAACUUCUGCACCAAGUGUGUGUAUGUACACUUUCCACAACACUAAUGGUAAUAUGACUUGCGUAGAAUUUAGUGAUGAUGCUAGACUAACUGCAGCUGGUUUCCAAGACAGUACAAUUAAGGUAUGGUACCUUGAUGGAUCACCGCUACAGUCGAUCCUCCCAUCCAAAGCUAAAGACCAAUCGAACUCUGCUACUUUGGUAGGACACAGCGGACCAGUUUAUUCCGUUGCAUUCAGCCCGGAUAACAGGUACUUACUUAGCGCAUCUGAAGAUAAAACUGUCAGACUUUGGUCUUUAGAUACGUUCACUUGCCUAGUGUGUUACAAAGGCCAUAACCAUCCAGUAUGGUACGUCAAGUUUUCUCCACUUGGCCAUUAUUUCAUCACCGCUUCACAUGAUCAAACGGCUAGACUAUGGUCUUGUGAUCAUAUCUAUCCGUUGAGAAUUUUCUCAGGUCAUCUAAAUGACGUGGAUUGUAGCACUUUCCAUCCAAAUGGUUGCUAUGUUUUCACUGGUUCCAGCGACAAAACGUGCCGUAUGUGGGAUAUUCAAACAGGUGAUUCUGUUAGACUGUUUUUGGGACAUACAUCACCAGUCACCGCACUUGAAGUAUCGCCUGACGGUAGGUGGUUAACUACGGGCAGUGAGGAUGGCACAAUUAUCGUAUGGGAUAUUGGUACUGGUAAAAGAAUCAAACAGAUGAAGGGUCACGGUAAGAAUCCUAUCUAUUCCAUAACUUUUAACAAAGAAGGUAACUGUCUAGUAACAGGUGGUGCGGAUCAAAGUGUUAGAGUUUGGGAUAUAAAGAGGUUUACAAACGAGCCUGGAAUGGAGCCGGAACAACAAUUCAACACGUAUUCAGGAGAUAUGGAACUCAGUGUAAAUAACGAUAUCAAAGAAUUCGGACGUAGGCGGGCAGUAAUACCAACUCAGGAUUUGAUGGCUUCGUUCCAUACAAAGAAAACAGCAAUUCACAAAGUAAAAUUCACAAGAACGAACCUAGUUUUGGCUGGUGGUGCAUUUAUUGAGUAA